UCGCAGAAUAAAGCUUUAUUCUUACUGGUUUUCUGUGUUGUGCUGCUACUCGAAGACAAAAAUGUCGUAGUUCUUGGUACGCCAUUGGUAGAUGACAUGUCAAUUAUCUCUAUUCUGUUAUCUGAUUGGCGAGUCGUAGGCCGUGCUCAGCAGAAAGCAUAGAAACGCCAUUCUGUGAGAUCUCCUCCCAACUGAUGCGGCUAUCCGUAGCUUUCCUCUUAUAUCCCUGGUAAAUGGCAGGCUACAGGUCGCGGCUGUCAUGGUCAUAACAGCGGACAUCUGCUGAAACCUUGUUUUCCUGGACCCCUGGUUUCGCUACCUUUUUAAGCAUUUCCUGCUUACUAGGUCUCGGUUCGGGAGCAGCGGUGCGGUUCGACGCGGUGCUGGUUUCCCGGUUGAACGGUGGCAGGAGGAUGGCGCUGCAUCUCUGUGCUUGUGCUCAGUCUAUUAACAUUUUAAUGAGCUGCUAAACAACACGUUUGACAUUUACCGCAGACGAGGCAGAGUCGGAGCCUUCAACAACACGCCGCUCCGAUUAUGGGAAAGGAGUCCAGGUUCAAAGAGCUCUGAUCACACUGGCUUAACAGCCAGUCAGGACGGACACGAGAAAGUUUGACUGAGGACAGAGGCCAACUAAGAGACUUUCUUACUCUUGUCACAUCCAGCCACAUCACCACCAACAUGUCUCUACCCAGCAGCAGCCCAGAAAGAGAGGACUCAGUUGGGGCCUUCUCCCAUCUCGACUGCUCUUGUUCCCCACCUGGGAUGGAUGCAGAUCCCUCGUCAACGGGCAGCCCGGUGCUCAGCCCAGACUCAUCUUCCCAUGAUGCAGUGUUGUCCGCACCAGCAGCCUCUCCAGCAGACUCAGAGAACCUGAGUCCUGAUGAACUGGAGCUGUUGGCCAAACUGGAGGAACAGAACAGGCUACUGGAGGCGGAUUCUAAAUCCAUGCGCUCCAUGAGUGGCUCACGCCGCAACAGCGGUUCCUCACUGGUGUCCAGCUCCUCGGCCUCCUCCAACCUGUCUCACCUGGAGGAGGAUACAUGGAUCCUGUGGGGCCGCAUCGUCAACGAGUGGGAGGAGUGGAGACGCAAGAAGGACAAACUCCUAAAGGAGCUGAUCAGGAAGGGUAUUCCUCACCAUUUCCGAGCCAUCGUCUGGCAGCUGCUGGGUAACGCUACUGACAUGCCUGUGAAGAACCAGUAUUCUGAGCUGCUAAAAAUGUCCUCUCCAUGUGAGAAGCUCAUCCGCAGAGACAUCGCUCGCACCUACCCCGAGCAUGAGUUUUUCAAAGGUCAAGAUAGCCUGGGACAGGAAGUCCUCUUCAAUGUCAUGAAGGCAUAUUCACUGGUGGAUCGAGAAGUGGGCUACUGCCAGGGCAGCGCGUUCAUCGUUGGCUUACUGCUCAUGCAGAUGCCUGAGGAGGAGGCGUUCUGUGUGUUUGUGCGUCUGAUGCAGGAGUAUCGCCUCAGAGAGCUGUUCAAACCCACCAUGGCUGAGCUCGGCCUCUGCAUCUACCAGUUUGAAUAUCUGCUCCAGGAGCAACUUCCUGAACUCAAUGUCCACUUCCGCUCACAGAGUUUCCACACGUCCAUGUAUGCCUCCUCCUGGUUUCUUACCCUUUUCCUCACCUUCCUCCCCCUGCCUGUUGCUACUCGCAUCUUUGAUAUUUUCAUGUAUGAGGGUCUAGAGAUUAUCUUCCGCGUGGGUCUGGCCAUCCUACAGUACAACCAGACUGACCUCAUUCAACUGGACAUGGAAGGAAUGUCACAGCAUUUCCAGAAAGUGAUUCCACACCAGUUUGACAGCUGCCCCGACAAGCUGAUCCUCAGGGCCUAUCAGGUCAAAUACAACCCCAAGAGGAUGAAGAAACUUGAAAAGGAGUACACCACCAUCAAGAACAAAGAAAUGGAGGAGCAGAUUGAAAUUAAGAGGUUACGCACAGAAAACAGGCUGCUGAAGCAGAGGAUUGAGACACUGGAGAAGGAAAGUGCUGCUCUGGCAGAUAGACUGAUUCAGGGUCAGGUGACGAGGGCACAGGAAGCAGAAGAAAACUACGUGAUCAAGCGGGAGCUGGCAGUGGUCAGGCAGCAGUGCAGCACGACCAGCGAGAGCCUGGAGAAAGCACAGGACACCAUCAGGGAGCUGCAGCAGCAGCAGUACACAGAACAGUUCGUCACCAGUCUGCAGACGGAGCUGGAACAGUCCAGGCUGCGAGAGGCUGAGCUGCUGGGAGCACUGAAGGAAAUGCAAGACAAGGUCCUGGUCUUGGAGAAGAGGAGCAGUUGUCUGCCUGAUGAGAACAACCUGGCUGUCCUGCAGGAGGAGGUGAAGCAGAUGAAGCUGAGGGAGCUGGAGACACUGAGCUCCUUCAGAGAGAUGCAGGAAACUGUCACCGAGCUCAACCAACGCUGGCAGCAUCACAUGUCUCGAGGCGGCGGGGGCGGCCACUGGAAGGAAUCCCCGAAAAAGAACGCCAUGAAUGAGCUGCAGGACAAGCUGAUGACUCUGAGACUGAGGGAGGCUCAGGCCCAGGCUGAGCUACGAGAAGUCAAGCUGAAAUCUCUGCAGCUGGACAGCCAGAACCAGAUACACAGUAAGCAGAUCGGUCGGCACGAGCAGGAACGCUCGGCACUGCAGGACCGACUCCAGAUGCUGACCAAUCAGAACAAGGCUCUUCAGACUCAACUCAGCGAGAUGAAGAGGAAGCAGACAGAGUCGGACUGCAAGAGUAAAGAGGAGGUGAUGGCAGUGAGACUGAGAGAGGCCGACAGCAUGGCUGCUGUGGCUGAACUUAGACAGAAGAUUGCAGAACUUGAGAUACAGAAGGAGGAAGGGCUGAUCCAGGGCCAGCUCAACCACUCCGACUCCAAACAAUACAUUAACCAACUGCGGGAUCAGAUUGCUGAGCUGAAGAAUGAGAUUCGUCAGUUACGAGGACAGAAGUCGGCCUCCAGCUCCGGCGUCACCGGCGGCGGAGGUCUCACUUCCAACUACCCAGACCUCUGCCUGGCGAGUCCCGCCUCCGCAGAGGUCGACUACCUGAGCUCUGACGACGACCUCCUUCACAGCCCGCUGCCUCCCAGCGCCCUCUACCCCGCCCUGUCCACUCAGUGUCACCAGUCCGCCCGCCUGGACAGCGAGGGCAGCACGGACAGUGAGGCAGACGAACGCAUGCGGACACACCCGGACCCGCAGCAGCUGUACGGCAGCAUGGUGUGUGCAGAGGGGCUGGACAACUGAGGCGCGGAGGAGGCGACCAAGAAGACACUGUGGGAUUUGUUUGGACGUGAAGACAGUCUGAAGACAGAUAUGUACAGGACAGGACAGGACAGGACAGGACUGCUGCUGAAAACUGGAUCUGUAUUAACCAAUCCCCCCCCCAACUCCACUCCCCCUCCCCUUAGCUUUUCCACUAUUUCAAGUACUUGAUGCAAACACAGUGGCAUCGAUGGACCUCCUUUCAUCAUCACUAUGUGUAGCCUGGUUCACCAGAACGUCCACACCCUGUCAAAGACCUACUGUAGAUCCCGUCCUCCUAUCCAUGCAUAACUGUGCAAGACAAUACAUAUCCAUCCCAACAUACGUAGACACUGAGACUGCUGCAGAUCAACCACGGGACCUGAUUCUGUGACCGUGAGGAGCAGGAAAAAAAAAAAAAAAAAGAUCUUUGCCUGAAACCUAAUAAUUAGACUUCUAACUGCUCUGUGUUCCCGGUCUUCACCUGAUCUGUUGACCGCUGAAUACACGGUCACCAUUUUACUUUGUCUCUGUAUGGCUUUCUGUAGAAGGAAACAUUUCAUCUUCACUGCCUUAGGGAACACAGGUGACGUGUUGAGGAUACAAAGAUAAUUUCAGAGAAGGAAAAAAAAAAAAGUCAGUAUAACCCACAGAAAGGGAAGGGACACAUUCAAAUAUUGCCAAAUUGUUUCCUUUAAAUUAUUUAUACUGUACGUUGUAAUUUAUUUUUAUUUUUUUACAUAUCUGUAUGAUACUCGUAGGAGCGUAGAGAUAUCGACAGAGGCCAAACUUUCUACAGCGUUCUUUGUGCCAAUUGUUAUGCCGUCGACUGCAGGUUUUUGGGUGACACUGGAUAUUUCAUGAUUUUUUAAAAUGUGCUGCUAUGAUUUAAGUUUUCAUUUUUUGUUGUUUAUUUUUCCGUCUUUUUCUGAAGUCAUUACAAGUGCUUUUGAUUUAUCCCCGGUUGAAACCACGUUAGCCUUUAAUCGGUACUGUGUGAGUUCCGAGGAACAGACUUUUCUUUGAGCCUGAGAAGAAAACAAACAGGGCGAGGAACAGGAACGUUUCAUGCGCCACGUCAGCGGAUCGCAAACCUUUUCUACAGCAUGACACUUCUGUAGAGAGGACUGCAGUCAAACUUCCACCCCCGCCCCACAUGUUGAGACAUUCACAGCCAUCGCUUCAAGUUUCUACUCAUCUUUAUUUAAAACACUCCUACAAAACUCCUGUUCUUAUUGAACCAUGGAAAUAAUGUUGUGAUCCUGGGCCGGGGCGAGGGGAGGGGCGCCGGCCCCACUUUGGUAACCACUCCAUUAUGGGAACUUUCUGCCCCUACUGUCAUGAUAGCUGUUUAAAUGACAAAAAAGAAAAAAGAAAAAUCAUAUGAUCACAUGAUCAUA